AUGCCGAGAGGAAAUCGGCCAAAACCUUCUACUAAAUUAAUUUCUGAACAAAUUUUAAAAGAAAUUAAAUCAUUUCGUCCUUUACGUUUAUUUAUUAACAAACAAAAACGAAAAGGAAAUGUAGAUAAUCCAUUUACUUUACGAGUUAAAUUUUGUCAAUUACCACCAGAUAAACAAGCUAGAUAUUUACAAAAAUCAGUCGAUAAAUAUAUUCAAUUACUUGACGAAAACGAUAUUGAUGAGCAUGUACAAACAGAAUGUAAAUUGUUCGAUUAUUUAUUAAUAAAAAGUGAACAAAAGAAAUAUUUUCAAUCAAUUAAUGCUCCAACAAAACCACCAGGAACAGCAGUACCUUAUUAUACUCAACUUGUAAAACAAGAAAAUGACGAUGAUGAUAGUGAACCAGCAUGGAAAUCAUUGAGUGUAAAUGAAAAACAAAAUUACAAAAAGAUGAGAAAAGAAGCUAAAACUGAAUAUUUAGCUCAAGUAAGAAAUUUUGCUAAUGAUUUACCAGAACGUCUUCGAACGGAUUAUUUAUUAUUUGUUGAACAAUCACCAAAUAAACGUCAAUCAAUUGAUACAUCCUAUGUUAACAAUCAUGAUGAUACGAUUACUUCGAGAUCUAUUCGUCAACGUCGUAAAUCUUUAACAUCUUUACCUGAUAGUUUACAACCGACAAUACCAAUAAAUGAUAGUCAACAAAAAUUAACCAAAGCUCAACUUCAUGCAUUACAUAAAUGUAUGCCAAAUAUUCUUUAUUAUGAAACAAAUAUUUCCGAUAAAGAUAAACCAACAUUUACAAAAGCUAUGACACAAAAUGCUUAUAUGAAAUCAAUAUUUAAUCAAUUAGAUGAAAAUGAAAAAUUAAAAUAUAUAUUAAAAUCAAUUAAAAAAUGGAAUGAAUUUCUUGAAUUUAAUCCAAAUAUAAUUGAAAAUCAAAUAGCAACAUUACAUUUAUUAUUAUAUAAAAAUGAAGAUAUUAUUUUAUAUUUUACUUCAAUUGGUUUACCACAACGUCCACCAAUAAAUAGUUAUCUUUUAUAUAAUCAAGAAAAAGAAGAAACAGGUUCACAACAAUCUUGGACUGAUUUAUCUCAAAUACAACGAACUGAAUAUUCUCAACAAUUAAUUGAAUUAAAAAAUCAAUAUUAUGAAAAACUUGUCGAAUUUGUUGAUCAAAAUUUACCAUCUGAUUAUAUACGAUAUGAAUUUUUUCGUAAUGUUAAAUAUGCAGUAAAAGAUUAUGAAUUAGCUUCAAAAAGUGAAAUAAUUGAUAAAACUACUGGACGAUUUAAACUUAUUGAAUCUCAUUUACAAAAAAUGAUUAAGACUAAUGAUAUGAAUCAAUUCAAUCAAAUAAAACAAAAAUUAUUAUCAACACAAUUAACAAAUGAACAAAAACAUCUUGUAGAAGAACUUACUCAAUUAUUAUAUAAAUAUAUACAAUAA